AUCCAAUGACGUAUAACAGCAAAAAAUUAGCUACUUUCCUUAACCUCCAGAAAUGAUAAGAAGAAUCCCUGAUUAAACCGUCGCUCUUUCUGUCUAUGUCACAAGAAUCGUCUUCGGAAGGUUUCUGUUUGGUUUGCCUCUGCGAUUACUCUCCAUGUCGAUCAGAGCAGUGAAAGUCAGCAAUGUUUCCUUGGGUGCAACAGAGCCAGAUAUAAAGGAGUUCUUUUCUUUUUCCGGUGAAAUUGAUUAUGUCGAGUUGCAUAGUGACAAUGAGCGAUCUCAAAUAGCAUAUGUCACCUUCAGAGAUCCACAAGGGGCAGAGACUGCUGUUCUUCUUUCGGGGGCGACUAUAGUUGAUCAGUCAGUCACAAUAGAACUGGAUCCAGGUUACAAGCUGCCUGCUGCUGCUUCAGUCCCCACUACUGCAACAAAGAAUGCAAGUGCUUCUGGUGCUGAAUCUGCUAUGCAGAAGGCUGAGGAUAUUGUAAGCACCAUGCUUGCUAAGGGCUUCAUUCUAGGAAAAGAUGCUCUCAACCAAGCAAAGGCUUUUGAUGAGAAGCACCAGUUCACGUCAACUGCCACCUCUAAAGUUGCUUCUUUGGAUCAAAAAAUUGGUUUGAGUCAGAAAAUUAGUGCUGGCACAAUCCUUGUAAAUGACAAAGUGAGGGAAGUGGAUGAGAAGUUUCGAGUUUCUGAGACAACAAAGUCAGCCUUUGCAGCUGCUGAGGAGACAGUCAGUAAUGCUGGAUCUGCAAUCAUGAAGAACCGUUAUGUGUUAACGGGGACUUCAUGGGUUACUGGUGCAUUCAACAGAGUUGCUAAGGCAGCUGGGGACGUGGGUCAGAAGACAAAAGAGAAGGUUUUGGCUGAGGAGCACCAGAGUCGAAUAGCAGAAGGAUAUACCCAAAUUCAUGAGUUUGACUCUCCAAAUAUGAGUGAGCAAAUGUCCAAGAGCUCGCAUUAACGAGGUUUGGUCUUUUGAUUAGCCAAUGUUCGUGUAGAUAUCUUCAUAGAGAGUUUGGAUCUCAUCAUGUGAACAUUACCUGUGCUUUCCUAAAGUUUGGAAAUAGUUGGUGAAUGGCGUUGUCAAACUUCGCGGGCAUGUUUGUGAUGAACAAAAACAGCAGCUUAUUGCUUUUUUGUUUCCCGCAAUUAUCUCUACUUGAUAUUGUUAUGUAAUAACUAUUUCAAAGCAAUCUUUUAUUAUGGGAUUUUUUUGGGGGAUUAUAAAUAUGGAUUUCAGCUGA